AGGUGCCCAACAGCCCAGGAAGCCGAGCAGUGCCCGCUCCCGGUUUUGUGCCUCUUGUUUGGGCAGCUGUAGGCUUCACUGUCCCUGUGAAAACAUCACCAUGUCCAAGGGACCCCGGGCUGAGACCUUCGUCUUCUUGGACCUGGAAGCCACCGGGCUCCCCAGUGUGGACCCCAAGAUCGCCGAGAUCUCCCUGUUUCCCGUCCACCGCUCCUCACUGGAGAACCCCGAGCGCGAUGAGUCUGACGCCCCGGUGCUGCCCCAGGUCCCGGACAAGCUCACGCUCUGCACGAGCCCGGAGUGCCCCUUCACUGCCAAGGCCAGCGAGAUCACCGGCCUGAGCAGCGAGGACCUGGCCAGGUGCCAGAAGGCCGGCUUUGAUGGCGCUGUGGUGCGGACGCCGCAGGCCUUCCUGAGCUGCCAGGAGGGCCCCUUGUGCCUCAUGGCCCACAACGGCUUCGAUUAUGACUUCCCCCUGCCGUGCACGGACUGCCUGGAUACGCUGCCGGCGCCGCGGGGCCUGGACCGUGCCCACAGCCAUGGCACCCGGGCCCAGGGUGGCAAGGGUUACAGCCUGGGCAGCCUCUUCUGCUGCUACUUCCAGGCGGAGCAGGGCCACGUGCACACCCGGCUCAUGGUCUUCCUGCACCGCGCCGCCGAGCUGCUCGCCUGGGCUGACGAGCAUGCCCUUAGCUGGGCCCGUGUCGAGCCCAUGUACGUGCCACCCGACGGCCCGAGUCUCAAGGCCUGAGCCAGGGGCUCGGUAACGCUGCUGCCCAGGGUGACAAGGCCCACUCCCUGCAGCAGGGCAGUGCCAGCCUCCACCAUUCAGCCGGGCCAUGCGGCCUGGAGCCGGACCCGGGCCAGUGCC